AUGAUUGUUAUCCUUAUCACAGUGAUCAUGGGCAUCCCACUGGGGCAUGCUUUCCAUGUUUUUCAACCGUACUAUGCAGUAGGAAGACAGGGACAAGUGUCUUUGCAUUGCACUUACAAGACAAAGCCCCUACCACUGGAGAUGCAAGUGUCUGUUUAUAAAGGCAUGUAUGGAAAAGAAAGGAUCUGCAGGGCCUUUGUCAAUGUCUCGAACCCUCACAUAGUGACAGAUGGUGCAGUGCAUUGUAUAGGUAAUGUGAGCACAGAGAGAGUGGACCUGACCAUCUUUGGCUUAAAAGGAGAGGACACUGACCUGUACAGAUGCCAACUAGAAGUCUUCUUCCCACCCCCAUACCGGAGCGAGUUUGGGAAUGGCACGCUGGUGUACAUUCCAGAGAGUCCAGACUGCCCUACUGAGAACGUGCAAGCUAGAAUUCAGCAAGUAUCAGAAACGUAUCCAAACAAAACAGAUGUAUUUCCUUUAAUUCUGCUCUAUGCAAUAUUCAUGAUCACCAUGGCCAGCCUCAUUAUACAGAUAAUGAAGAUAAUCUUAAGAAAGCGGAAGUCCAACCACACGCUACAAACUCUUUCACAGAAAGGUGACUACAAGAACUUCACAUGAUCUGUACAGCAAUUAUCAGUGAUAUUCAACUGAUCUUGUAUUAUAAGAACGGCCCUACUCUACUACAAUAGUAAUA